GACUCGAAGGCCUGGAUUUCCCUCUCGCCUCCCUUUUCCCUUCCCUUGGCCUCCGUGCUCUCCCGUUGCGAGGUCGGCCACGCGAUCCCAGGGCCCGGGGGAAGGCGGGGGCGAGGAAUGUGCUCCGGGGCGGCCGAGAGGAGGAGAAGGGCGAAGGGGCACCGAACAUGGAAGUGGGUUUUGUUACAGGUUGUUUUUCGGGGCGAGAGAAAAAAGAAAGAAGGACUCUAGUGCUUUAGUCGCAAGGAACGGCGUUUUAUCCGUCGCGAAUUUAUGAAUUGGGGCGACGUUUGGCGUGGAGGACUCGGGUGUUUUCCUAAACGCGGGGAGAUAGCAGCGUAUCCGUAGAUUAAAGUAUGGAGAGACCACAUGGGGGCAAUAGUAAAGAUGACACCGUGGACAUCAAGCAAGAGAAAGGGACCAGUGGAGGAGCGGUGCCCUCAUGUGGCUCUUCCUCAGGUCCCACAUCCAUAGCAUCAACAAACCCAGGUGGUGAAGUCGAGGAAAAGAUGGAGGUGGACAAGCCUCUCCUCUUGCCUUCCUUGCCCUCUUUACCUUCCACCUCCUCAGUCACCAUCACAAAAGCCUCCACAGCAGCUCUGCAGAAGUCAUCGCAAAACCCUGUAUCGUCAUCAUCGUCGUCAUCUUCAUCGUCAUCCGUUUCGUCAUUGUCCUCGACUACAUCUUCGUCUGCGUCAUCCUCCCUGCCUUUCUCAUCGUCAUUAUCAUCUGCCGUGUCCACCCUCACCUCCGUAACGUUAAGUGCCGUGUCCAGCAGCGCCCCCUCUUCCACCCCAUCUUCGGAGGCUGCAUCCACACUGAGCAGCAGCAAAGUGGGCCCAGACAUGAUGCCCACAAUACCCCUGGUCCCGGUUCAGGUCCCCAACGGGCGGAGCGGUGUGGUCACCAUCCCCAAGAACCGGGGCCGCUCCAAGGGCAUGCCCCUUUGCCCGUCCCGGAGCGGAGGCUUUCAGAACAGGAAGGGGCUAAAGAUCAAGCGCCUUGGCAUCAGGGGACGUGGAGGCCGACGGCUUGUUCACAGCAUGUCGUUGGAAGAGAGAGGGGACGACUCUCCCUUACCGCUGGAUGAUGAGGCCUAUGCUCAAGAUGACAUGUUCAUUGCUCCUUUGUAUCAAGAUAAGUGGCCAGGACGGAUGUGUGGCCUGUGCUGCCUGAGCGAGCAGAGUCAGCUGGGCCAAGGUGAGCUGAUUCGCCAUGACCCUACUCCGGGAUAUAUCCUGCCGGAGAAGAUUCCUUCCCCCAUGGAGCCUGAGGAGGACUCGCCCCUGUCGAAAAAGUUCAAACCCAACAUUUCAUUAUUCAAAGACAAGGGUAAAUCGCCAAGAAAGCAGGUUGGAGAGGCAUUACCGGAACCAGUGGACGAGAUAUCCUUGGUGGGUCAUCAGGAGCCGCCAAGUAUAUCCAUCCUUUUUGAAUCUACAGGCCAUUGCUAUGUUCACUACAUGUGUGCUCUCUGGUCGUCUGAUGUAGAGCUAGCCAGUGACGAUACCAUCAGCUGCAUUGAUAGAGCAGUUGUUACUGGAGCCAGCCAAAGAUGUGUGCACUGCAAAAAAUUUGGUGCAACAAUACCAUGCAAGGAAGUUAUCAAAUGGGUUGGAAGUUGUUGGGCCUUUGACCCUUCUGUGAAGAAAAGUCGCUUCCUUAGAAGGGCCUUUUGUGACACAUUAGAUGUCUGUUUACCUUGCCGGGAAGGAAUGUGUGGCCUGUGCUGCCUGAGCGAGCAGAGUCAGCUGGGCCAAGGUGAGCUGAUUCGCCAUGACCCUACUCCGGGAUAUAUCCUGCCGGAGAAGAUUCCUUCCCCCAUGGAGCCUGAGGAGGACUCGCCCCUGUCGAAAAAGUUCAAACCCAACAUUUCAUUAUUCAAAGACAAGGGUAAAUCGCCAAGAAAGCAGGUGGAGAGGCAUUACCGGAACCAGUGGACGAGAUAUCCUUGGUGGGUCAUCAGGAGCCGCCAAGUAUAUCCAUCCUUUUUGAAUCUACAGGCCAUUGCUAUGUUCACUACAUGUGUGCUCUCUGGUCGUCUGAUGUAGAGCUAGCCAGUGACGAUACCAUCAGCUGCAUUGAUAGAGCAGUUGUUACUGGAGCCAGCCAAAGAUGUGUGCACUGCAAAAAAUUUGGUGCAACAAUACCA